GGACAUUGCAGAGUUCAGCUGAUCUUCAGGACACACUGAUAGACUACGCUUUUGUAGGAAUUAUCAGCACCAAAAUGCAUCUGCAGCACUUUAACCUGGCAAAAGCUGGAUUUUGCAUGUUAACCUUGCAAGUUCUGAUAUAUCAGGUAUCUUCUUUACCAGUCAUGACGCCUGAGUUUCAAUCCGGCCUUCAGUCAUCCAAAAUCCUAAACCGCAAGGUACGGAUGUCUCCUCUGUGGCGAAUCAUGGGCUACAAACCAUACGGGGCUCACUGUCAUGAUAAUAUCGAGUGCAAUACAGGAUUUUGCAGGAACGGUCAGUGUUCGUUUAAUGAGGCUGUUCAUUCUUAGCGGAGCGGAGUCCUGGAAAAUACUCAUUUAUGAGUCAACAUAAUUAUUAUAUGUAUUUUAUGUUCAUAUCAUUGGCUAUGUUGCAAGCACUUUAAUUUUUUUUACUGUUAAAGGUCUGACUUGAAAAGUUACAUGGGUUUCCCUAUAUUUGUUGUAUGUUUAUUUGAUAAUAUUAUUAUAACGUGAUGUUAAAUCUGAAAGUCUUAAAGAGAUAGUUCACCCAAAAAUGAACAUUUCCUAAACAUUUUACUUACUCAACGGUUUCUAAACUUCAAUUUCUUUCUUCUGUUGAACACAAAACAAGAUAUUCUGAAGAAUGUUCACAGCGGCAAUUAACAUCCAUAGUAGGAACUAAAAAAAAAAAAUUAAUUCUAUGGAAGCUGAUGGCUGUUUAUUGCAGCAUUCUUCUUUUAUGUUCAACAGAAUAAAAAAAACUCAAACAUGACAGAAUUUUAAUUUCUGGUUUCUAUCGCUUUAAGUUUUGCAUUUGGCUUAAGGCAAGACACUGC